AAACAUAUCACCGCAGAGACACUUAUAAAACAAAAAUAAACAGAAAACCACAACUGAUUUUUAUCACUAACGUUAUUCUGAAAGAUACACGCGAUGCCUUCCACCGCUCAAAAGAGAACUAUCAUCCUCGCUGUCGUCAUUGUGGCCUGCACCCUGGUGAUAUUGCACAACAGUCAAGUAUAUAAAUUCAAGCAAAGUACUGUCGAUUCAGUAAAGAAUGUGAUCCACUUCAUACCAAAGAAGGUCCAGUACCUGAUGUGGCCUAACGAGAACACUAUACCAGACACAUCCACUCUUCAGCAAUGGACGCUUGACCAAUUAUCAGAUCUGUACUUCAAGUAUGUGAACACACUGCAAGUAUUUUGUCCCGUGAAAAAGGUCUACGGAGGGGUGAAGACGGGUUGGUACACAUGUGAUGUGAUGAGGGAAACCAACUCUAAACCAUGUGUGUCUUAUGUGAUAGCAUCCAAUGAAAAGAGUAUUAACAACAACUUUUUCAAAGAGCUCAACCAGGACUACCAAUGCGAGAGGAACAUAAUAAUGAACAGCACAAUGGCAGCUGCUCAAAGCUCUACUGAGAUAGGAGGUAAUUCUCCGGUCGGGACACUGAAAUCAAAGGGAAAUGUUGACUACAUGGCUGUUGACGUAGGAGGAGGCGAGACGUUAUUGUUGUCAUGGAUGUUAACGAAUGGUCUACUGAAGAAUGUACAUCAGCUCUUUGUCAGUUUUCACCGGAUCAGUGCUGACAGUAAGACGUCCGAUUACCUGGAACAUCUUCAGAUCCUACGAGCUCUCUUUGCUGAGGGUUUCAGAACGUUUCACUUUGCCAGGAAUAUUCAAUGCUUAUUCAAAGGAAACGCGGGAAAGACUGGCUGUUAUACACUUUACAUG